CCCGCCCCCGCGUCCCGGACGUGCCCGGCAGUGCACGCGCCCCCCGUGCUCUGCGUCCCUGUGCUCGAGCUGCUUGCCGUCGGCACCCUGGGCUGCGCGGUCUUUGGGAGGAUGAGCAAGACCUGUGAAAUGAAGUUUAAAGCGGUGGACAGCCCUUUGGGGAAGAUCGUGAUCUCUGGCUGUGAGCAGGGUCUGCACGGGAUAAGGCUGCUGGGCAGGGAGACCCCCGAUGCUGACCCCUCGGAGGCCCCCACUCCUCCCGAGCUUCUCAACAGCCCUGGAGAAACGACAGAGCCUCUGAUGCAGUGUACAGCCUGGCUGGAUGCCUAUUUCCACGAGCCCAGGGUCCUCAGCGAGCGCCCCGUGCCUGCGAUUCACCAUCCCCUUUUCCAGCAAGACUCAUUCACCAGGCAGGUGUUAUGGAAGCUGCUGAAGGUCGUGAAAUUCGGAGAAACGGUUUCUUACCAGCAAUUAGCAGCCCUGGCAGGCAGCCCCAAGGCAGCGCGGGCAGUGGGAGGAGCAAUGAGGAGCAAUCCUGAGCAGUGGGCGACACAUCACCCCCGCCUUGCAUGUCCUGAGUUCUCGGUGACGAUGGCUGGUGGCCCGUUGGCAUCUCAAGUGGCACCUGUUUUGCUCUGACGCACCGUGCCCGCCACACCACCGCAGCGUGCUGCACGGUGCAGGCGCACUAAGCCACGUGCAGCAUGAUUCUCCAAGUUUCUGGAUGUGAUUUUUUAUGUUUCCUAAUAAAACACCAGCUUUGUCUUCCUCUGGAAGGCCGCCCUGUCCUAGGCUGUGACUCCAUUCUGAGCAGGUCAGCUGGGCACGAGACGAAGACACAGCCCCAUGUGAUGCCGCGUGAGGAGCGCGCUGAUGCUCUCGUGGAUUGCCCCCCGUCCUCCCACAUUCACAUGUUCUCUGAAGACUGUCGUUUUGUCCCUGGUUCAUCCCCACUGCAGGCCAGGCCCCUGUUGCUCAUGCCCUCUGGGUUGGGGAGGGAGUUCCUUUCCCCUCGCAAGCUCGGGCUCCUCUGCAUGCGCACAUGCUGUGCAGCAGCCCCGGUCCUGCGGGGAGAGCCCCGCUAACCACCCUGUGCAGGUGUGCAGCCCCUCACCUGCCUCCGUGACACCCACUCGUCCUCACUCUGCAGUGGGGAUGCCAUCGCUGCCCAGCCACCGUGCUUGUGGCAAUAUUCGGAAACAUUUACUGUUCUGCGACCAGCAUGACUGUCUUCUCCUGCCAUUAAUCUCUAUGAGCACCUCUGUUCAAACAUGGCCUCAGUCACUGAAAUUUAUAAAAUAGGAUCUCGCAGGGCUUAAAGCUCUAAUUCCAUAAAGUCCAUGUAUUGACAUCACUGUCACCUGCCAAAGUCAAGAGCGGCAGUGAGACCCGCUCGGCAAAAGGGCUGUGUGGGUGCGUGCCCCUCUUCCCGUGCUGAGGCAGCCUGGUGGCCGCGAGCCCUCCGUGGCCUUCCAUGGACGUCCCUCUGUAGCUGGGCGCUGCACGUACCUCAGAGGAUCCCCACAAAGUGGGUCGAGAGAACAGGUGAGCCAGGACCCUGGGGGAGAAGGGGUUCCUGGUCGUGGGCUGGACCACAACUGGCUUUGUCAUCCCUCACGGGUGCCCCCGUGCCCGGUGUUGGACACAGGGGUCCUGCCACAGAACCAGUGGGCUCCGGCACUGAUGGCGCACCACUGAGUCUUACUCACUGAAGACAUUUCUCUGUUCAGUCUGGAGAGAACAAUUGGGCGUUUCAGGGAGGAGAGUGAAAAAUGGCCCUGGCAUGUUGCAGAACAGCGCAAAGCUCACUGCGCGUUAAUUCCAUAGGUGGCUUGGUGACUUGCCAUCAAUGUGAACACAUGCUGGUCCGUGUCACCGUGUUUGCAGUUGGUGUGAGCUCUCCUCCCACCCCUGGGGUAAACGAUGGUCUUCACUGGGCUCUUGAUUUUUCCAAAGUUUUCCACGAAGGACUCAUUAGCCCAACUCGGAAGGUCUGGCAGGCUUCUGGAAGGUGCUGGCCCCCACCCAGCAUGGAGGAGGCCCACGUUCUGGGAGAUCGGAUGGGAGGCACCUCGCGGCCCUUCCCCACAAAGCACCCUUGUGCUCAUCCUCAGACAGAAUUUGCUAAACGCAGUUCAGAGGCAAUCAAUAUGUUGCACAGAGAGUCGCCCCACUUCUUUCUGAACAAACGCAUUCCUGAGGAGUUAGUUUAUUCACAGAUUGCCAUGAGCGCUAAUGACCCCCCGAGCCUUGUUCUGCGGGUCACCCAGAUGGCUGUUGAUAAAGAUUUAGCAUCAUGUUCUAAGUGUCAGGGCUGUCAGUGGGGCUGAACCAUCUGACCAGAAGGAAAAAACGCACAGGGAGCUAUUGAUUACAGCUUCUCGGUGUCACUUGUUCACCAGGAUUUAGGUAUUGAUGAGGCCGCAAGUGAAAACAAGCUCUUUCCCAUGUGGGCUGCUACCCACAAGAACAAAGGCGAAGUCGGAAAAAAUAUUCAGCCAGCACCAGAAUCAGAGGGAUUCCAUUAUUGAUUGAAAGGCCCCUUCGUGUUAUUUUUGUUGGAGACAAAUCUAUGGGUUUGGAAGUUUUAUAGCAUUUGAGAAAGGGUCUGUGUAAGUGAUGGGUUCAUGUAUUGGAUGAAUUAGAUUUCACAGCAUGAAGAUUUCAAUGCAGCUGUGAUAUUAUGAGCUGCUUGGUUAUUGAUAAAAAUUACGUUUUAUGCAGCACAGACUUUAAAGGAGAGGGCAUAGAGGGCAUGCAUCCUUUGAAAUGUCCUUAGGGCCCCAAUAAAUUUUAGCAGGUUUCAUUAUUUUAAUAGUCUGAAACCCACCACCAAAAUUAACACUAACAGAAACAGGGUUCCCCAUUUCCAGUGGUAAAAACAGUGCAUAAUUGGUAAGCCACCUGUUCUCCAUCACUGUGUGCACAAGACUAAGACUGGUCAUGGCUGUCAUUAAAAUUGAUAUUCCAUGGCAGCAGCCCUGUUAUCUGAUGGCACACAGAAAAGAAUUUGUAUCACCCACUUUCAUAAUUUCAUAGCUUGUUGGAAGGAGAGAAGAAAAUCAAAGUUCGUUCAUGAAAUCUGCUGUUAGAUAGAAAAAUUGAAGUGGUGCCUAAAUGUAUGUAAAACUAAAUUGAAUUAAAUGGCUGCCUCUUUAUCAGUCAAAAAACUUGACCUGUGCAUUAUCUGAUCGUGUCCUCACAGCGGUUGUUGAUGCGAGUAUUGCCCCGGCGAUGACCUCGAUCAGAGGAAACAUCCCACCCGGGGUGUUCCUGUUACCCCUCCCAGGAAGCUGGGAGCUCCGCGCUGUGUGCGGGGCGCGGCGUGGCGUUACUUCUCAUCCCAGCCAACUGCAGCAGAGGGAGUCCACCCUCUCCCCAUCUCUGUGCUGGUCACUGGGGAACACACGUUACCGUGGCAACCCCAACUGCCAGUCAAAACCAGGACUGCUUGGUGAUGUGGGGGACCGUCAGCUUCCUGCCCCUCAAGCCAGCUUACCUGCUGGGGCUGGCCAGCACCCCAGGCCCCCAGCAGUUCUCGGGGUGGGAAGGAGCGUGGACACUGGGCUCUGCUUCUGCUGGCUUGGAAUCUCUUUGUUGCCUCUAAAUAGCUGUGUGAACUUGGGCAAGAGACUUACUGGGGCCUAAGUUCGGCGUGCCCGGCCUGGAGCUUGGAGGGCAUGAUGCCAUGGUGUCCCUGUUGGGCGCAGAGCACACUCUCCCCAAUGGCACUGAGCACCGAGGCUGGACAGGUGCAGCCUGGGGCUCACAAAGGGACACUCCGGGCAGCCGAGACAGACGGGUGGCCAGGGGCGCCUAGAAGCAGAGGGGAGGUCCGGGCGCGGGCUCAGCCGCUCUCUGGGAUCUCACCCGGCUGGUCCGCAUCCAGCCGUCCAUCUGGAGGUCGGGGGGGCUGAGGGGAGGACCCCGCUGUGGAGCUGCGAGCUGAGUGGGGGGAGAUGGGAAGACGCGCUGCAGCCGCACACAUGGUGGCCUGGGAAAGGCCCAGCCUUCAAGGCCUGGGAGCCACAGGACAGCUGGGGCAAGGUGACCAUUUGUGAGGGGCCAGGGGGAUAGCAGGUGCGCGGAUGCCGGGUGGGGAGGGCCGGCAUGCUGAGUGGUCCCCAGGUGCCUCCUGUGUACCCUCCCCAAGUGGGGUCCACUGAGGAUCCUUGGCCCCCUCCCCACCCUGGCCCCUCCUGCCUGCUGCCCCAGCUCCUGUGGCCAUGCCCCCUGGCAGCUGCUCUCCCAGGGUCCGUGGGCAGCCCCCUUGUCAGAGGAGGCUGAGCUCUGCUGGGGCCCCAGGGCACAUGCCCUCCUGCAGAGCCCUACAGAGACAUGUAUCCUCAGCCUCUGAGGGACUGCUUGUUGGGGUCUUCGAGCAAAGUGGCCGUUGACCCCCCCAAGUCCCUGUGGUGGGAAUGAGGCAUGCCACUCAUGUUUGGCAGCCCCAGGCAUGUGGCCAUCCCUGGUGCUCUGGGUGAGCUCUUGGUCGUGUCCCCUGGCUGCCCAAGAGGGGGGGCAGCAGCCUGUGGCGCCUCCUGCCCACUGCGGUACACAGACUGCAAGCCACAUCCCUCUCUCCCUCUUGUAGUCUGAGCAGACCGAGAAAUGGAUAAGGGACGUUAGGAUAUCAGCUUCGUCAGGAUAAAAAGUAGGUGGAGAGGCAGCGUGGCCACGGCAGGUUUCCCAGGAAUUCCCACCAGAGUUAGACCUCCAGCAGGGCUGGGCUGCCCGGGUCUCAGAAGCCAGCAGGACCCCGGGUGGUGCUCCGUUGGGCCCUCGGUCCCAGGGCGUCGGUGUCGGGGGCGAGACCUGCCUGCGGUCUGGGCCCUCGUGCUGCCAGCUGUGGGCAGCCUGCCCUCCUCUGGGACUCGCAGAGCAGGUGAGCUGCAGAGCCAGACUGGAGCACUUGGCACGGCCCUGGGUGCAGAGAGCCAGGUCCCUGUGAGGGCCUUGGACCACCAGUUGGCUUCUCUUGUUGGGAUGGUGUUGGGUUUGUUUUUAUCAGAAAGCAGCCUCACUCUAGCAGAGUAGCUCUGUGAUUAAGGCACCUAACUACUCAGUUUAU